AUGAACUUGGUGGUAGAUGAGUGCACAAGAGUGUCACCAAGUAGGCACCAAAACAUUAGCUUGGUAAUCUAUCAAGGGAACAGAAUUGUUGAAUGGAAGCUUCAGAACAAAUAUAGUAUUCUUAGUAGAUGGCCAGGCAAACAUUCCACAUGA